AUGUUUCCUAGGAUUAAACUUAUCACCUUUGAUGCGUAUAACACACUCUUUAAACCAAGAGGUAGCACCACUGCACAGUAUAUUCACGAAGCGUCACAACUGGGGAUCCAUGUAUGCCGAGAUAGGUUAACCAAAGUAUUUGGGCGAGCAUACAAGGAUCAAAUGACACGUCAUCCAUUCUAUGGUUUCCAAGAAGGCAUGAAUCCUCGCAAAUGGUGGGAAGAAUUGGUAUACGACACAUUUGUUUCUGCUGGAGUUCCAAAGAAAGAGCUGGAUCCCAAGUUCAAUUUAUUGUUUAACUCCUUGUACGAACGCUUCACAAGCGAUCGUGGUUAUUCGACCUUCCCUGACGUACAUGAUACUCUUGUUUAUCUCAAAAAGCAAGGUAUUUCAACGGGUGUUAUUAGUAAUUCAGAUGAACGAUUGUCAGACGUGUUGCAUAAUCUGGGCAUACGACCGUAUUUUGAUUUUGUGCUACCCAGCUACCGUGCUGGUUAUGAGAAGCCUAAAAAAGAGAUAUUUGAUCAGGCUUUACGAAUAAUGCAUCCAUACAGCCCGACGCGGCCUGAUCAAGCAUUACACGUAGGCGACGAUCUUAAUGCUGAUUAUAAAGGAGCUCUUAACGCUGGUUGGAACGCAUUAUUGCUUGAGAGAGGAAAACUUUCAUAUGAAGAUACACCUUCUAUGCAAUCUGAUCAAGAUGGUAGCACAAAACCACGGUCGAUUAUGACUUUGCAUGAUCUCCCCCCUCGUCUACACUCAUUUGUCAGGGACAAUGUGACGUCACAUCCGAAUCUCGACAGCAGUGGGACUGAGAGGUCAAAAACAAUUUCUGGCGGUACAAAGCAAACCAACCCACAGAUUCUUACCGCCAUGGCUCAAGAAAUGAAGGCAAGCCAACAAGAUAUGAACAAGUCUCGCAUUCCUUUGGAAUAUCGGGAUUACUGUGCCCAUCUUCUCAUCCCACUCAACAAGUGCCGAGGCGAAACUUUCUAUCUUCCAUGGAAGUGCGAGAACGAGCGUCAUGCCUAUGAAAAGUGCCAAUACGAUGAUUACAAGCGACGUAUGCGUGAACUCGAAAAGCAACAGGACGAGUAA